AUGACCGGCCUGAUCGAGAUCGCUCCGCCUCGCUUCGACGUGUCGCUGGCGCUUGCGUACGCCAGCGACGACAACAUCACGGGCCGCCGCAUCUACCGCAGGGCAGCCUGCUACCUCCACGCCGACGCCGCGGCGCUGCUCGACCGCGCCAUCGAUCUCGCCGGCGCGCAGGGCCUGAAACUCGUCAUCUUCGACGGCUAUCGCCCGGUCGAAGCGCAAUGGGCGCUCUGGCGGCAGUGCCCGGACCCGACCUUCCUCGCGGACCCGAGGCGGGCUCGCCGCACUCGCGGGGCGUCGCGGUCGAUCUGA